AUGGCCGAAACCAAGGGCUUCAAGCAGGACAUGGUCGUUUCCAUACGGUAUCGAAACGAUCUGCCUCCGCCCCCCAUGCCUCCAAAGUUCCUAGAUAUCGACACCGGUGGUUUGGCUCAAUAUCUCACAACAAGUUAUGCGUCGGGCCUGGCAAAGAGAGAAGAACCAAACAUUGAAGUGGAUGCCGAAGGUGGGAUGCCUAUAGACAUGAUCGGUGUGCCGGGCUACUUUCUCGGCGACGAAAGCGCAAUCAUGGCUCCAGAAGUCCAACCGGUGCUAGAUCCUGCCGACCAAGCGUUGCUGAUGUCGCUGGAUCAGCUCAAGAGCCAGGGGGCAAAGAACAACGUCUCAUUUUUACGCAAGACACAAUACAUGACCUCUUCACAGAUGGCUCGAGCAAAUGAUGCAUUCAUGCGACCGAGCCUUCGAACGACUCAAAAACCCCAAGCGCCCAAAGCUCCGCCUGUGCCCGUUACCCGAGACGACCCAGAAAAUAUCAAGCGACAGAUUCAAAAGGGCUUUGACCUUGCCUAUCCGGACAGCAUCCCUUUCAAUCCUCCAGAGGCAAAAGCAAACCCCAUCACCACCCAGGAACGUGAAGCCUGGAGGAAUCCCGUCCACCCUGACAACCCCAGACUCAAGCCUGUGGAAUUCUACCCUAUUAUCCCCGAUCUUGAGACCGGCACAGACAUGGCCUCGAAUUGGCAAGCUCUUAAAUUCGACAAGCCACCAUUGCCUCCACACAAGGGCAGGAGGGACGAUCGAAUCGACGUUGGCUUACUGAUGGCGGCCGAAAACGCAGCUCUGAUGCCAGCCUGGCGGGCAGCAAAGGAAGCCUUCGAGAGAGACCCCGAAAAGUUCGCAGAUCCCGGACCCGAGCCGUACACAUGGUCCCUAUCCGUUCCCAAACACCCAGACUCGACCUCGCGCAUUCGCCAGCUCUUUGACGAUUCAAAUCCUCGAAAGGACGAUCCCGGUCUCAUGGAGCCGCUUCUCGAAGAAUCCGCCGACGGCUCCCUACGUCUACCGUUCGAACGUGUCCGUGUCUAUCCACGAGCCACCCAAGAUACGGUCGACCCUCACCGCGUCAUGGCAUUGUCACUCGUCGAAUCUCAAAACCUUUCCCGCCAUUCCCGCUUCCGCAAACAAGGUAACGCGGCGUAUUACUACCCGAUCCUCGAACGCGUGAAAAUGCGAGCCGACAGGGGUAAUCUCUCCAAAUCGACGCGCAACAACAACAAUGCUGCGGGAGACGACGACGAUAUCCCCGACCAAGUCAUGGUCCUCUUCAAAGAGCCCAACGCGAAAGAAAAGCGCUCUCGCGCAGAGUUCAGAGGGGAAUAUGACGCACUCUUCAAAGACGAAUUUGAAGAACUGACCCGCGAAGCACAGGCCGAGGAAGAGGCCGAACAUGCGGAUAUGAUUCUGCAGGAGCAAGGCGAGUUGCACGAGGGAGCGCAGGACGUCAGCAUGGCCGAGGUGGAGGACGGAGAGAACGCAGAGGUGAGCAUGAAUGGAGGAGUUUCUCGUAAAGACCGCGCCGAUGAUAGGAAUACGCCUCCCCCAGUGAAUGGAAAUGGAGCCAGAGACGCCGGAGCCGGGGCGGACGAAGAUGGAUUUGACGAGGACGAAGACAUGCGGGACGAUUGA